CCCAUAUAUACAACCUGAGCCUAUGAUGGAGAGGUUUCCAGCACCACACUCCAAGAGAGUCUGGCUUCUUCCAUAGCUGGAGUCCUCAAACAGCCCUCAGCCAUUUAUCUGCCUCUUUCUUUCUGCUUGUCACAUAACUCCUGCUCUCUAAGCUUUUUGGCUCACAUUACUUCAUUCCUCUUUUGUAAGCUAUUGUCUUUAGAGUGAAAGCAGCCCCAACUUGGAUCCUAAUACCUGUCCCUCAGGUGAUUAUCUCAACACAGGAGGUAAUUAGCCCUUAACACAUGCUAAUUCCUGAGGAUUAAGAAGUGUCUAAUACACAGGCGGAAAUACCCAUGGGUCUUGCAGAGUUUAAAACAUUCUAAGCCUUAAUUAAAUUCGAAUGCCUACUGAACACAGUAACUUAGGGUGCCUAGCACCCACAAAUUCAUAACAAUGCAUGUGUGCUUGUGUAUGUAUAUGAGUAUGCAUUGUUUGUAUUUGGGUAUCAGCUGGUGGGGUACUUCCGAUUCACCAGAAAUAAUGAACCUAUUUCUGUUGAGGAUGGAGAUACUAAUUUUUGAUCAUUUUAAAAAAACAAACAGACAAGGCUUUUGCGGAUCAUGAGGUCCCUGCGGAACCCACAGACGCCUCGACGUGCCAGUUCGCGGCAGCGGCGAAGGGGGGCGGCCCACACCACUCCGCACCACGCCCCCCUCGUCCGCUGAUUGGGCAACUGGAACGCGGACACGUGGCCACGCCCCCUUGGUCCUGACCGGCGGGGAUGGCCAGUUGCUAAGGGAGGCCUAGCAGCCGGGCUCCCUCCUCUGUCUCUCUCUCACAUCCAAACAGAGAAGGCCAUUGAGAAAGGGGGCGGAGAUGCCACGCCCCCUCUCCAGUCCUCGCCUUCUGAGUGGAUAAAGGUGACCCGGGCGGGUAGCCGCGCCCCUUCGGUCCUCACCAGACCUGUUUCCAAGGCAGGCUGUCCGUUGCUAAGGGCGGCCUAGCAGCCAGGCUCACCCGGUCAUGGAGGCUGGUGGCGGCGGCGGCUACGGGCGCCGGCGAUGGGGGUGGUGGCAAGAAGUGCUGCCGCUAUGGCGUGUGCUGUUGGCGGCGUCGAUGAUGUUUGCUGUGGUUCCCGUCAGGGCGCGGCUGUAUCAGGCGGGCACGGACCCGGUGUGGGUGCUAGAGGCCGCGACCGUGCGGAAGGUUCUGCGGGGCUCGCCCUCGGCCUGGCUCGUGCAGUUCUACUCCUCGGCCUGCGGGCACUGCGUCGCGUUCGCGCCCACUUGGAAGGCGCUGGCCGGGGACGUCCGCGGUGAGCGAGCUAAGAGGACGGGGGCCCCUAAUAGAUUGGGGCGCGCCCCUCCCCUUCCCCUUUACUCUCUCUGCCUUAUUUAUUAUGCAUUUAUCUUCUCCCCAUUAGCUUCAUGGCUGAGUAGGGGGAGGGUUGUGCAAUUGAAAACUGGUGUAGCACAGAUCCUAUUUUGGCACUCUUAACCAGAACGCGACCAUUGGCUCCCACUGGACCCUUAGAGAAGCAGGUUAUGCUGUGAGGUGGUGGUGGAGGAGAGUGGCUGGUGCAGGGGCCACUCUAGUGAGCAUCAUUGUUGGUGGUGGUGGAGGAGAAGGAUGUUUGUGAGGGAAGUGUUUGAGCCUUUUUAUCCUCACAGCAGCCCUAUGACGUAGGCCAAAGUGAGAAGAGUGCAUAGGCUAGUCAGCUUCAUGUCUUGGGGUGGGAUUCAAACCUGGCGCUUCCUGCCCCAGUCCUUCCCCAAGUUGGUGCUUGGUAGAGUCCAGAACAUCUUGGAGGAGCCCGCAGGUUGUGGACGGCUGACAACAAACUGGUCUUUUAUUUUGCUUAUUGCUACUUACCAAAUGUAUGUAUAUAUAGAUAUACAGAUCUAGAUAUAUCUAGAUAUCUAGAUAACAGAGCAGUGUGCAGCUGUUUAUAGUCUGAAGGGAUGCAAGGCAGCUUUCUUUGCAGAGUUCUUGUUUCUCCAGGGCUACAACUGAAUGCAUUUGGCAUAUUAAUUGGAGGAUGUAACAGAUCAGGGUUUAUUGCUGCAGGUUCUAAAUGGCUGACAGAGAGGCCACCAUAGCUGACUUGUUUGCGAAUCUUAGAUCCAUUUCUAGGACUGAGAUGACGCCAGUGAUGAUGGCCUCUGUCCAAAUUGAGAAGACAUUGCCAGCGAACAGGAGGAGGACAGUGUAUAGCUUUAACAAUUGUAGUCUUCUCUUGUCCUAUAUGAGACCUGGUGAGGAGCCAUUCUUUACCCCCCAGCCCUUCUCAUUUCUCAGCUUCCUGAUGGCUCUACCAUGAGAAAUUCUCCUCCAGCUCCUGGUUCAGGGUGUGAGAAAGAAAGCAGUGAAGUUAUCCACCUUCCCCUGGGGCUUCCCAGCUGAGGAUGUUGUGAUUACCACUUUUAAAAGCUUAACUGAUUACAUACCCUGCCCAAACCAGCUCAGCAGACUUCUGUCAUAAGAAAAGCAUGCUGUCUUCACAGUGGCCAACAAGAUGCUCCAGAGGGAAACUCACAAGCAGGAAUUGAGCACAAGAACACACUCUGCUCCUGCAGUUCCCAACAACUGGUAUUCAGAAGCCUUUCUGAUGGUGGAGGUAGAGCAUAGCCAUCAUGGCUAGUAACCACAGAGGUUGCAGCUCUCUAAAUUCUGCAUAGGAUGUCAUUAUGCAGAAGGCAAAACUGUCUGCUGAGAGAGCUGUCUGGACCAAGAAACAUCACACAUUUAAAGCAUAUAGCCAAAGAAUUCUGAGAAUUGUAGUUUAUUAAAAGCACUGGGGAUUGUAGCUCUGGGAGGGAUAAACUGUGGUUCCCAGAAUCCUUUGGGGGUUUACAUGUGGUUUAUAUGUACAGUGUGUAUACAGCCCAAAUCUAGUUUAAAACAUGAGAACACAAGAAGAGCCCACGACUUUCUGCAUGCCAGGUAGGCAAUAAGGGUGUAAAACUGAAGGCCAUUCCAAAGUGAUUUUGUGUUUUUCCCCAGUUUAAAUGUUCUCCAGGGUGGCUGUGUGCAGAUGCUGGAAAAAUAAUAAUAAGAAAUUCUUUACUGGGUUGACCAAAAGAGCUUCUCCAGUAAACAAUAGGGGUUCCAGAUAGUUAAAUCUUGAAGUUGUUGGUAUUUGUCUGUCUUGUGAGACAAUAGAAGAGUGAGGUCAAGCUGUUGGAAAGUUGCAGUGCCUGCUGUGGCUGUAGAGAUCAUUGUUUUUGUGCUUUCAAGUUUUUGUUGUUGGUAACCUCAAGAGUUCAGAACUUGGUCUUUGCAGCAUGAAAGUAUAUCAUAUUCUCUGUGUGCACAUCAUGGUGACAGAACCGACAUAUCUCCAAGGGUAGUUGUCAAGGAAUUUAAAAUUUUCUCAAAAUAUAGUUUGCUGGCUAUCACUGUCCUUGGAUUGAGAGAGCCUUGCCAGGUAUGCUGCUAGCUUUGAGAUAGGAUUACUAUUAUGUACUUUACCUGGAGCUGUCCUUUUAUGUAGUUUACCUGAAGCUGACUCAAAAGCUGUGGCUUGCUGUCAAGGUGACCUGCCAUGAACACACGGUGCCAAUCCUGAAAGGGUGACGCAGGCUGUCAAUGUGUUACUGAGCACACUUCAGGUUACUUGUAUUGGUUUACAAAGCUAUAUAUGCAAUUUGAGGCCUGGAUACCUGCGAGACCUAUUCCCAUAUACACCUUUUGUUUUGGCUAUUCCAACUCAGGAUUGUGGUAUGCUCAUAUGUGGGAGGUCCUUCUUGGUGAUGGGGCCCCUGCUUUGACACUCCCCUCUGAGACACUACUGGCUGAGAGGCAAUUGAGGUUUGGGGGUCAAUUGAAUUUCAGAUUCACAUUGUUAAAGCUUGUUUGUAAUUCACCUGCCUCAUUUUUGCAUAUAUGGUCUCUAAACUCUGCACAGCUUGCUUCUGAGUAGGUGUCCUAGGAUUGUGCCAUUGGCAAACAAUUGAUUGGAUAUGUGACAUAGCAUUGUUUUUGCUCUGUGACAAAUAAAUCAUGUUGAUUUUUAUUAGAACAUAAGAGUAUAGGAAGAGCCUGCUGGAUCACACCAGUCCAGAAUCACAGUGGCCAAGCAAUUAAUUUCCUGUGGGAAGGCAGCAAACAAGAUUUGCGCACAAAAGCACACUCUCUUCUUGUGACUUCCAGCAACUGGUAUUCAGAAGCAUUACUGCUGCCAACUGUGGAGGCAGAGCAUAGCCAUCAUGGCUAGUAGCCAUUGCUGUCCCUCUGCUCCAUGAAUUUUCCCAGUCCUCUUUUAAAGCCAUUCAAGUUGGUGGUCAGUGCCUCCUUUGGGAGCAAGUUUUAUAGAUAACUAUGUGCCAGUUAGGGUUUGUUUAUAUGGAUUUUCAACUCUGUGGAGCUUACUUCAGAGUAUACGUGCCUGGGAUUCUGCCAUAAGCAAACAGCUGGCUGUCUACAUUGCUCCAUGACAAAUGAAUCACGUUAAUCCAUCUCCCAACUUUAGCAUUUAGGUUUGCUUGAUUUUUGUUGAUAUGUUUGCUGUUGUAACAUAGCUUGUGCUGACUAACAGAAGUUAGAUGCCAGUCUGUCAGAGAUGCUAUCGUUGUGAUUCCUGCAUUGUAGGAGGUGGGCUGGAUGAUCCUUGGGGUUCUGUCCAACUCUUCUGUGAUCUAACUCUCUAGCCUGCAACAUAACUAUGAGCCUGUGAAAAGGCUGGGAGGGUGAUCUGAAGCAUGGCUGCCUUCUUCCACCCCCCUCCCUUUGUUGAAGGCUGAGCAACCCAUCUCCCAGCUGCUGCACUUAACCAAGUAUUUGUUUGGAGAUGGGCUGGCAUUGUUGGGAGGCGAGCCAUUUGCAUUGGUUUUGUGAUGCCCCUGGCUCAUUUUCUGCUUGAGGCCUGAGGAGACAGGUGGGGAAGGGGAGUGCAGUGCUGAAUCAUGAAUGAGGCAGAUCACCCCAAGCCAAACUUUCUGUGCUUGUGUUUCCUGGGACAAAUGUGGCUUGGUGGCUAUUGUGUGGCUGCCUGAACGCUCCCCCAUCUGCUCUGGGAUGUUGGUAGCUAGCCUGGUGUCUGCUCAGCUGUCAGUGUGGCAGCUUUUCCAAAGGAAAAUAAAAGUCAAGGGAAGGAGGCAUUUCUUCAGCAAGUUUCAUAGACUCAUAGAAUUUUAGAGUUGGAAGAGACCCCAAAGGAUAAUCUAGCCCAACCCCGUGCAAUGCAGAAAUCACAAGCAUCUCUGACAGAUGACCAUCCAGCUUCUGCUUAAAAACCUAUAACGAAGGAGAGUCCUUCCUCUUGGCUGAUGAAGCUUCCAUAUUUUCACUUGUCCCUUUUCUGAAACAUAACAUAAGAAGAGCCUGCUGGAUCAUGCCAAUAGCCCAUCUAGUCCAGCAUCCUCUUCUCCUAGUGGCUGAACUGUUGCCUGUGGGAAACCAGCAAGCAGGAUUUGAACACACAAGUCCUCACCCCUCCUGUGGAUUCUAGCAUCUGCUAUUCAGAAGCCUCCAUAGGGGCAGUGUAGCCAUAGCAUAGCCAUCACAUCAGAAGUCCUCUCUUCUCAAGCCAUCUAGGUUGGUUUCCAUCACUGCCACCUGCACUGCCUCCCUGCACAAUUUAACUAAGAAGAUCUUUCUUUUUUCUGUUCUCUUCCAAUAUUCAGCUUCACUGGAUGCCCACACAUUUCUAGUGGUAUGGGAGAGGGAGAAAAAAUUUUCUUAACCCACUUUCUCCAGGCCAUCUAUAAUUUUAUAAAUGGGUGUUUUCCUUUUCCUUUUUUUAAAAAUCUUGUUUUCUCUAAGAAAAACUUCUAUAAACGCCAAGCAUCCAAAGACUUGCAGUUUGUGUGUGUUUUGUGUUUGUGUUUGUCAAAGGGACUUUGUGGGUGGCAGCUCCCUCUCUUUGGUUUAUGGGUGACCCCUGAAGGGGCUGCAGUGAGGAGAUGCAGUCCGCAGGCUCAAAAAGGUCUUACUGUGUCUGGUAGGGAGGAUUAGGCUCAUCCCAACACCAUAUGGAAAAAAGUUUUACAGUUUACACUUUUCCCACUCUGUGAAAACCUACCCAUCUCAUUAUGUAGCAAGAACAGAAUGCUUGGCUCAUAAUGUUAGGAACACACAUUUUCGCCAAACUCGAAAGGGCAAGUUCCCUAGAAGAUCCUUGGAUUUUUAUAGUGUUUAAGCUAACAAAGAAAAAUUCAGGUUCUUUUUUAGUGUAAAGUUCUUUAAAAUUUCAGUUUAUAAUGUAUAUAAAACAGACAGAACAAUUAUAACAGGGGGAAAUUAAAGGAUGAAAAACAAACAACUAGAAAAUAGGCGUUUAGCAUAAGUAUGGUUGCAUAUGGGUUAAAGUAAUAAAGUCCCAAUAAAGAAUAAUACAAUUGGAAGGGAUCCCAUUGGUCAUCUAAUCCAAUCCCCUGAACUGCAGGAAUAUCAACAUGAUCUAAUUCUAGGUUUGCCAGGCUUGGGACAAGGGUUGCCUUGAAAAUUAUGCUUCCACUAUAAUAUGUCGUAAAACAAGGCCAAAUCAUGAAAAGUAUCUGGAGGUUCUAAUCCUUAUUGAUAUAAAAUUAUGCAUCAUUUUCUCCAUUAUAGCUCUAUUCCAGGGUGAGUUGUAUCAACUGUCCAGUGUAAGAUUUGGAGCUGUUUUCCAUUGAGUUGCAAUUACUAUUCGAGCUACUAUUGGCAACAUUGUACAGUGGUACCCCGCAAGACGAACGCCUCGCAAGACGGAAAACCCGCUAGACGAAAGGGUUUUCCGUUUUGGAGGCGCUUCGCAAAACGAAUUUCCCUAUGGGCUUGCUUCGCAAGACGACAGCCCAUAGGGAAAUCUCAGGGACAGCGGGGAAGCGCAGCGCGUCUUCCCCACUGUCCUCGGACCUCCUCCGAAGCCUGGCGGCGGGGCGGGGACACCUCCUCCCGCCGCCGCCGGGCUCGGAGGCUCCUCCGAGCCGGGCGGGGAGGGAACACCUGCCGCCGCCGCCCGGCCCGGACGGUGCUCCGAGGCCGGGCGGGGGAGGGAACACCUGCCGCCGCCGCCCGGCCCGGGCGGUGCUCCGGGCCGGGCGGGGGGAGGGAAGACCUCCCGCCUCUGCCCGGCUCGGAACGGUGCGCCGAAGCCGGGCGGGGGGGAGGGAACACCUCCCCGCCGCCCGGCUCGGAGCGGUGCUCCGAGCCGGGCGGGGGGAGGGAACACCUCCCGCCGCCGCCCGGCUCGGAACGGUGCUCCGAGCCGGGCGGGGGGAGGGAAGACCUUCUGAAGGCGGGCGGGGGCGAAAGUCUUUGCUCCCCUGCCUGCCUGUCCCGGAGGGCUUUUGAAGGCGGGGAGCAAGACUUUCGCCCCCGCCCGCCUUCAGAAGAGGUCCAGGACCUCUUCUGAAGGCUGGCGGGGGCAAAGUCUUUGUCCCCCUGCCUGCCUUCCCAGGGGCUUUAAAUUGCCCCGGACAGCGGAGAAGUCCUCCGCUGUCCCGGGUGAUUUUAAAAUGCCGCCCGCCAGCAUUUUAAGAUCGCCCGGACAGCGGAGAAGUCCUCCGCUGUCCCGGGUUUUUAAAAUGCUGGGGGUGGGAAGAAAAGCCCUUGCCCCCCAGCCUUCAGAAGAGGUCCGGGGACAGACUGUCCCCGGACCUGGUCUGAAGGCGGUUUCCCUAGGAACGCAUUAAUUGAUUUUCAAUGCAUUCCUAUGGGAAACCGUGCAUCGCAAGACGAAAAACUCGCAAGACGAAGAGACUUGCGGAACGAAUUAAUUUCGUCUUGCGAGGCACCACUGUAUCCUCAAAAACGAGAAGUUCAGGUUCUUGUUUGGGUGGGCUCAAAUGCAUGCAUACAACCAGAGGCCCUUGGACCUCAAAGUGAAAUCUGUAAUUGGCUACAAUGCUUUGUCAUUUUUCAUUGAUUCGCACACCUCUGAUAUUUGGCCAGAUUUCACCCCUCACCAGGUGGUGAUACAGUGGUUGGAGUUUUCACAAGUUAGACCUGGGUUCAGUUCUCUGCUCAAGCCAUGAAGCUUUGCUAGGUGAUUUCUGGUCAGGAACUCUCAGCUUGACCUACCUUGCAGGAUCAUUGUUGAUGGCAAAGAGAUAAUAAAACCAGACCAACUAGGUUCUCAUUGCCAGAUUUUACACCAGUUAGAGAAAUCUGGAUUUUAUAACUGCUGGAAUUGGCAGAGUUUAGAGUGGUGGAUACCUCUGUCCAUUCUUCCUGAGACCAUCUAAUUCCUUUUUUUUUUUAAUAAGAUAUUUAUUGAGAUUUUCCAAAUGUUACAAUAUAAAAAAGAAAAAAAAGAAAAAAAUACAAAAUAAAAAUGAUUAAAAACCACUCAAUUUUUCCAUUACUUAUUUUUCCUUAGCUUGUUUCCCGGACCUCCUCAUACCUCCCUUUUUUGUAUUCCAGUUCAAUUUGUUGGUUCAGCAAAUCCUUACCCUCUUUAUUUAUCCUAAUCUUUGGUCUUAAAAUAGUAACGUUAGAUUUUUACCUAUUAACAACCCAUUUUUCAUAUUCCCUUAAAGCAUUACAGCUGGAAACCACUUAAUUUCUAUCCAACAUCAUUCUAACAUUCAUUAAUUUUACAAUAUUUCUGUAGAUAGUCUUUGAAUUUCUUCCAAUCUUCUUCCACCGACUCUUCUCCCUGGUCUCGGAUUCUGCCAGUCAUUUCUGCCAGUUCCAUAUAGUCCAUCAGCUUCAUCUGCCAUUCUUCCAGAGUGGGUAGAUCUUGUGAGAGACCAUCUAAUUCCUCCUGUGCAGAUUAUCAUGUCACAACUUGUCUGCUGGGACAAUAUUAAGUCUGUUGAACUUUGCUUCUGGUUCACCUAGAAACCCAGGAGCACCUCCAGCAGCUUUUUUUCUUCACCCCACCAUUUGUGACUUGCCAUUUGCUGCACUGACAGAGGGGGGUAUUAACUGUGCCAUGUCUGAUGUAUGCAACUUGAGAAUUUGAGGGGAUUUUGACUCAAUGAGUCUUGCAGCCUUUGCCUUCUCCAGUGGGAGAGAUUAAGCCGAUUGCUUGGAGCACCAUAAAAUGUUACUGUCACAUCGGCUCAUUUUAGAAUUGUAAAGUUGGAAGAGAACCCUAGGAUCAUAUAUUCCGACCCAUAGGUAAACUGGUUCCAAGUGGUUAUGCGUUUCAUUCAAGGGUCUUUAGGGGAAAUGGAGUGCGGUUGCUUCCUGGAAAUGCAGGAAUAAGUCUUUGCCUGUUUCCUUUCAGAGUGGGAACCUGCCAUCAGAAUUGGGGUGCUGGACUGCGGGGAUGAGGUGAACUAUGAGACCUGCAAAGACUAUGGGGUUCAGUACUAUCCCACUUUUAGGGUAAGUGACUCCAGGAACACACAUGCCUAGAAACAUUUCUGCUUAUUCCACUCAGUUAAACAGACUGGGAUGUUUGUGAGUUCUCUCCCCCACCUUUUGAAUCUUGUUGUACAAGCUGUGGUAACAGUUUGAUCCUUAAGCCAGUUAUUAGGGCUCCCCAGGUGAACAUAAGGAGAGCCUUGCUGGAUCAAGGCCAUUAACCCAUCUAGUCCUCCAUCCUGUUCUCAGAAGUUGCCCAACCAGGGAAAAGGGCUGGGCAAGCCAUGAGGGAGGGGGAGAUUUGCAAGAUGAUAUUUUUUUCAGGGGAGGGGGGGGCAAAUGAGUGUGCAAAGACUCAUCCUCUCAUUUGCCAGGCUUACCUAACCAGCUUCAACAUGCAAAAAUUCACAAGGCGGUUCAUUUGCAUUUGGAUGUCUUGAGGAAUGAUUAUCGGGAGUGAUUCUCCUGCAAGUUACAAUUUUAAAAGGCUUCAAGGUUGCUUUUUUUUUUUAAAAGACUUGGUGUCUAAUGAGCUGAGCUGCUCUAGAGGUGCUUGACCUGAUUGCAAUCAAAUUAUCCAGGGGGUGGAGUGAUUCUCCUAUGAUGAAAGUUUGCAGCGUUUGGGUUUUGCCUCUGAAAUUAGGGUUACCAGACAUCCCCGGUUCCCAGGGACAGUCCCCGGAUUCACCAAUCUGUCCAAGGACAAAAUGUGUCCCCGGAAUGUCCCCGGAUUUAUGCCUGGGGACUUCUGGUGAGGCAACAUGGCGGGUGCCAUGGCAGCGAGCAGCACCGGAGGUCCUGGCCACGUCAAUGUUCCAGCCAACCUCCCUCCCUCCCUCCCUCCCUCCCUCUGCACCUCCUCCAGCACCAGCAGCCUCUCUUUUGUGAGGAGGGCUGUGUGUGAGUCCGCUGUUUGUCCACCUCUGGUAACGAGACACUACCACGCCAGUUAAAUCUCCGUAGAGACUGAACUCGCCCUCCAGCGGUCUCCCGGUUAUGGGAAGCCGGUGCCUUGUGUGUGUGUUUUAAUGCGUGUUUUCCCAAGACCAGCGAGCGCCUUUACUCAAUCUCUCCCCCCCUCUUUUUUUGGCGUUUGUGUGUUGUAGAUGGGCUUCUCUGCCUGCCUUGUGUCGAGGUGUGUGAUCGACAGCUUUGGGGUUCCCCUAAAAAAAGGUCAAGAACUCUGGACAACCUUUUCCUAAAAUAAAGCAUGAAAUCUCCCCCCCCCCCAAAAAAAAAGAGUGUCCCCAGAUUCCUUGAAAAUAAUCUGGUAACCAUACUCUGAAUGCCAAUUGCUGGAAAACAUAGGAGUGGGGAGAGUGCUCUUGUGCAGGCUUCCCACAAGCAACUGUUCAGCCACAUGAUGGUGGACUAAAUGGGCCAUUGGCCUGAUCCAGCAGGAUCUUCUUAACGUUCUUCUGUUUAUUAUGAGCAGUGAUGGUGGCUAUUCUAAUAAAACCCUCCUCUCUUUUCUCUUCCAGUAUUUCAGGGCUUUUGCCAAAGACUUCACGACAGGAGAAAACCACCAUGGUAAGACCAAUUCUCUUUAUUUACUCAAAGCAGCAGCACUGAGGACUCCUGUAUCAAAAGACUAAAGAAUACUCAAGUUGGCUUAAGAGAAAACUUAGUUUAAGCCCAUAACAUUUAAAACACAUGCUCAAGCAGUAAUCAUCAAAGCCUGAUAAGUAAAAGAUGGUUAUUAUGAUUUCAUUAAAUUUAUUUACCACUUGAUUGAAAAAAACCCCUCAGAUUGGUUUAUAAAAAGAUAAAACAAGAAAAUCAAUAAAAAUGUACAAUACUUUAAAACAUACAGAAGGUAGAAUACCGAAACAGAUUAAAAUCCACAUCAACUUUUUGAAUAUCUGGACAGCUUUGUCUAAAUGAGAAUGUUUUGAGCAGGUGUUGAAAAGUAUACAGUAAAGGCACCUUCUUGAUAUCAAUAGGCAGUAAGUUCCAAAGUGCAGGUGCUGCCAUGCUAUAUGAUCAAGACCUUACAAAUGCAGAAUGGUUAUUAUGUGGCACCUAUAGUAGCACCAGUUCCACUGAUCAAAAUGGUCGAGUGGGCACAUGAAGAGUAAGGUGAUCUCAUAGGUUAAUGUGAUCUCAAAGGUCAGAGGUUUUCAACCUUUCUGAGUCCAUGGCUCCCUUGACCAGCUACAUUCUUUCUGUGGCAACCCUGUGGGGCUCAGGAGCCGAGUUAUGUCACCCGUUGCCUGCAGAGCUGGCAGCCUCUUACCCUUUCUUGAACACCCUCCCUUGUGGAGUGUUCCCUCAGCCUCCUCUCCCCUCUCCUUGGGAGUCCUGCUGGUGGACUGACUGGGCUCCCUUUCCCACUUGCUCACUCACUCCAAGGCCACCUUAGCUCCUGGCAACCAUCACCCCCUGACCAGCUCCAAAGGCACCAGGUUGUAGCCUGGGCUGCUGCAAUAAACAGCCGUGCAAGCCUUUGGGAGGCAGAGACGCGAGAGGGCCUUAGAGGAGGGAGGGAAGGAAAAAGGGACAGAGGCCACCAGUUGAAAACCACUGUCAUAGGUUAAUGUUGAAAUAGGGUUUCCUGUGUUGGACUCUUGACAGGGUCUUCUUGGCAGAUGUAGCCACCUCCAGAUCUUCUGCUCAGAGACACCAAGUGGCAUUGAGUGAUUAAGGCACCUAAGUGCCUUAAUUCUGUGUGCCUCCUGUACCAGAUCAGAGUAAAGUUGUAAAUGGAUCCAUUCUGCUUGUCAUCAGGGGGAAGAACAAAGUAUGUUAGAAAUCUGCGUGGAGGUGUCUUGUUGUUGCAUUGCAGGGGGUUGGACUAGAUGACCCUUGGGGACAUUUCUAGCUCUAGAAAUCUAUGAUUCAUUGUUCUCUCUCCUUAGCAGGCUCUGAUCGGGAAGUUCAGACAGUUCGUCAGACCAUGAUCGACUUCCUGCAGAAUCACUCCCGGGAAACGAAACCUCCUGCUUGUCCCCCUUUGGAGCCAAUCAUGUGAGUAUUUUGCAUUCAGUAUAAUAAGUUGUAUUGACAGGGACAGCCUACACUCUGGUAACCUUGAGAUUAGACUAUUGCAAUGUGUAGUAGGUGGGGCUGUCUCUGAAUAUAGUUUUAAAACUUCAGCUGAGGCAGAAUUUAGCAGCAAGUUUGCUCACUGGGGCAAGAUGGUCUGAGCAUAUAACACCAAUUCUGGCUUGACUAAACUGGCUGCCAAUUAGUUUCUGGGCCUGAUUCAAAGUGCUGGUUUUCACCUACAAACAUAAGAAGAGCCUGCUGGAUCAGUCCAGUGGCCCAUCUGGUUCAGUAUCCUGUUAUCACAGUGGCUAAACAGCUGCUUGUAGGAAGCCAGCAAGCAGGAUUUGAGCAUAAGAGCCCUCUCCCCUCCUGUGGUUGCCAGCAACUAGUAUUCAGAAGUAUUGCUGCCUCAAACUGCAGAGGCAGAGCAUUGACCUUGUGGCUAGUAGCCAUCAGUAGCUGCCUCCUCCAUAAAGUCUUAUGUGACCCAGGAUCCCAGGACCUCAAUGACAGCCUCUCUGAACGAACUGACCCAGACCCUGCAAUCAUCACCUGGGGCCCAGUCUUGGAAAGAGGCGUACAUUACACUUAUACCGAAGACAGAGAAUGAAAAGACUCAGCUUAAGAACUACCGCUCCAUAUCGUUACUUAAUGUGGAUUACAAAAUUUUUGCAGACAUUUUGGCCAAGAGAUUGAAAAAAGUAUUGAUGGAAGAGAUUCAUAAAGACCAAGCGGGCUUUCUCCCGGGAAGACACUUGUCCGAUAAUUUGAGGAAUAUAAUUGAUAUUUUGGAAAAACUAGAAGUGAACAUAAAUACUAAAGCAGUUUUGAUAUUUGUGGACACGGAGAAAGCUUUUGAUAAUAUCUCUUGGAGUUUUAUGAAGAAGAACCUACAGGGGAUGGGGGUAGGCCAAGGUUUUGAAAACGGUAUAAGUGCAAUUUAUUCAGAACAAAAGGCUAAAUUAAUUGUAAAUAAUGUGGUGACGGAAGAAUUUAGGAUAGAAAAAGGGACAAGACAAGGUUGCCCAAUUUCCCCAUUGCUUUUUUAUAUCGGUCCUGGAGGUUCUGCUGAACAUGAUUAGAAGGGACCGGUUGGUUAAAGGUAUACAGGUCGGAGCCAAACAGUACAAAUUGAGAGCAUUUGCAGAUGACUUAGUAUUGACGUUACAGGAGCCAGAAUCUAGUACCAAAAGAGUUUUAGAACUGAUUCAAGAAUUUGGUCAAGUUGCAGGAUUUAAGUUGAAUAAGUUAAAGACCAAGAUUUUAGAGAAAAUUUUAACACCAAUGGAGAGAGAGAUGUUUCAGAAUGAGACAGGUUUAACAGUGGUUAAGAAAGUUAAAUACUUGGGGAUUAACAUGACAGCAAAAAAUGGGAAUUUAUUUAAAGACAACUAUGAAAAAUGCUGGGCUGAAGUGAAAAAAGAUCUAGAAAUUUGGUAAAAUUUGAAGCUUUCACUGCUGGGCCGUAUUGCUGCGGUAAAAAUGAAUGUAUUGCCUAGAAUGUUGUUUUUGUUUCAAACACUGCAAAUUGUGGACAAAAUGGACUGUUUCAAGAGGUGGCAGAGAGAUAUUUCUAAAUUUGUCUGGCAGGGCAAGAAGCCUAGAAUAAAAUUUAAAAUAUUAACAGAUGCAAAGGAACGAGGUGGAUUUGCCCUGCCAGACUUUAAACUUUACUAUGAAUCAGCAGCUUUUUGCUGGUUGAAAGAAUGGUUGCUUCUUGAAAACACUGACAUUUUGGAUCUAGAAGGUUUCAACAAUGUAUUUGGAUGGCAUGCAUAUCUGUGGUAUGAUAAGGUCAAAGCACAUAAAGCAUUUAAAAAUCACAUUGUCAGGAAAGCAUUGUUUAAUGUCUGGAUAAGAUACAAGGACUUAUUGGAAAAUAAAACUCCAAGGUGGCUGUCACCGAUGGAAGCAAAAGCUCUGAAAAAGCUCAAUAUGGAGGCCAAAUGGCCGAAAUAUUGGGAAAUUCUGGAACAAGACGGAGAUAGACUGAAAUUGCAGAGUUUUGAGAAAUUAAAAAACAAAGUGCGAGAUUGGCUUCAUUAUUAUCAGACAAUGGAGGCAUAUAAUUUGGAUAAGAAAAUUGGUUUCCAGGUGGAAAAAUCAAAAUUUGAAACAGAACUAUUAGAACCCAAAACUAAGAUUUUGUCAAAGAUGUAUAACUUGCUGUUGAAAUGGAAUACUCAGGAUGAAACGGUGAAAUCUGCUAUGAUUAAAUGGGCACAAGAUGUUGGACAUAACAUAAUGAUGGCUGACUGGGAACAGUUAUGGACCACAGGUAUGAAGUUUACGGCAUGUAAUGCCUUAAGAGAGAAUAUUAUGAAAAUGAUAUACAGGUGGUACAUGACCCCAGUCAAGCUUGCAAAAAUUUAUCAUUUGCCCGAUAACAAAUGUUGGAAAUGUAAAGAAACUGAAGGUACAUUCUUUCACCUUUGGUGGACGUGCCCAAGGAUUAAGGCUUUCUGGGAAAUGAUAUAUAAUGAACUGAAAAAGGUAUUUAAAUAUACCUUCUUGAAAAAACCAGAGGCCUUUCUCCUAGGCAUAGUCGGUCAAUUGGUGCCAAAGAAGGAUAGAACUUUUUUCAUGUAUGCCACAACAGCAGCAAGAAUACUCAUUGCAAAGUAUUGGAAGACACAAGAUCUACCCACUCUGGAAGAAUGGCAGAUGAAGUUGAUGGACUAUAUGGAACUGGCAGAAAUGACUGGCAGAAUCCGAGACCAGGGAGAAGAGUCGGUGGAAGAAGAUUGGAAGAAGUUCAAAGAUUAUCUACAGAAAUAUUGUAAAAUUAAUGAAUGUUAGAACGAUGUUGGAUAGAAAUUAAGUGGUUUCCAGCUGUAAUGCUUUAAGGGAAUAUGAAAAAUGGGUUGUUAAGAGGUAAAAAUCUAACGUUACUAUUUUAAGACCAAAGAUUAGGACAAAUAAAGAGGGUAAGGAUUUGCUGAACCAACAAACUGAACUGGAAUACAAUAAGGGAGGUAUGAGGAGGUCCGGGAAACAAGCUAAGGAAAAAUAAGCAAUGGAAAAAUUGAGUGGUUUUUAAUCAUUUUUAUUUUGUAUUUUCUUUUUCUUUUUCAUUUUUUAUUGUAAUAUUUUAAAAAAUCUUAAUAAAUAUCUUAUUAAAAAAAAUCAUCACCUGGGGCCCAUUUUUGUGUCCCCCUUCUAUGGGAGGGGGGGGGCAGGAGGAGAACAGGGCCUUUUCAGUGGAGUCUUCCAUUUCGUGGAAAGCUCUCGCCUGGCACAAUCAUCACAUAUCUUUAGGUGCCAGGCGAAAACAGGAGACUUUCUUUUACUCCUGGGAAGCAAACAAAUUUGCCAAACCGUUUGCUGACUGUUCAUAUCAAACCUCCCAGAAUCCUUUCUACUGUUGAUUAAUAUCACUGCACGGUUGUAUCACUCCACAGUUGAUUUGGACUCCAGUGGACUUGGCAGUGGGGCAGAGUGAAGGAGAAAUUAUUGUUACUUAUUAUUAUCUUUAUUUAUUCCUGCAUUGUAGAGGGUUGGACUAAAUGACCUUUGGGUCCUGUGAUGGGAAGAUGAGCUGCUUGUGCGUAAAAUCGUAUUCCCUCAGAGUUUGUUCAAGUCCACAAACCUCUGUCUGUGACGGAGCCCCUCUGACAUGGCUCCUCUAGUCACUAGAAGAUUCCGACAGUGGUUGCUUUCGUAAUCGCUUCCAACAUAAAAGCUCCUUAACGGAAACACGUCUUCUGGACUCUCUGCGUGACAGUUUCCGGCGAGGAGUGGGUGUCCCUACAGGAGGUCCGGAAACCUCACCACUGUUUUCGCUGGAAGUAUCUCUGAGCCAUCCCCCAGCUCCCUUUCCCUCAGUUCAGCUUCUCUCCCUGCUGGUUUCCUCUUCAGCUGCUGAGUCUCUUCCAACCUGUCUGAGCCCUUUCACCUCCCUCAGUUCAGCUUCUCUCCCUUGCUGGUUCCCUCUUCAGCUGCUGAGUCCCUUCCAACCUGUCUGAGUCCUUUCACCUCCCUUCCUUCCGAUGGCAGUUCCCUGACAUCCACCUCCCCUCCAGGGCCCCCUUCACCCCCUCUCGCCCUCUCCUCUACGGGCGGUGAGGAGGCAAAACCCCGGAAUGAACUUCCUUCAUCUUCCGAUGUCUCGAACACUUCUCUCCACCUGUUGCGGUUCCUGGUCUCGAAGCACUCCUCCUCCUCCGAGUCCAUCUCCCCUCCCCUUCCGAUUCUGGGAAUCCUUCCAACUCCUCCUCCUCCUCAGUGGUCCCAAAGUAUUCCCUCCGGAACCUCUCCACAGGCUGAGGUUUCCUCGGGAACCUUUGAUGGAACGUUUCUAUCAAUACCUCGUCAUUGAUAUCUUCGGCCAUUACCCACGUGUUUUCUGACUCCGGUUCUCCUUCCCACGCUACCAAAUACUCCACCUGAUUCCCCUUCCACCUGGCAUCAAGGAUUUCUGCCACAUGACUGCUGCAUUCUCUUUCUUCUAUGACCGGUCCCCGAGUGGCCAUCCCUUCUCGUCCCCUCGUACGGUGACAGUAACGACCUGUGAAAUACUGGGUGCAGUUUCAUGUGGUUGGGUAACCGGAGCCUGAAAGCCACUGGGUUGACCUGUUGAAUGACCUCAAAGGGACCCAACCUCCUGGGUCUUAAUUUCUUACAACCUCCUUUGAACGGCAACCCUCGGGUUGACAGCCACACCCUAUCUCCAACCCUUAUGGUUUCACCUUCCCUUCGGUUCUUGUCUGCCUGCCUCUUGUAUUCUUCCUUCGCCCUUUCUAAGUUGAGUUGGAGCUGACGGUGGAUUGCUUCCAUUUCUUCUACAAAAUGCUCGGCUGCCGGUACGCUCCAUCUCUCCCCUUCUCCCCUGGGAAAGCCCUGGGAUGACACCCAUAAUUAGCCAAGAAGGGGCUCAUCCCUGUGGACACAUUCUCGGCAUUGUUGUAGGCAAAUUCCGCCAGCGCCAACUUUUCUACCCAGUCAUUCUCUCUGUCAUUGACAUAACACCUCAGGUAUUGCUGGAGGACACCGUUUGCUCUUUCCGCCUGCCCGUUGGUUUCAGGGUGCCGGGCAGUCGAAAAGUUGACCUCCACCUGCAGUAAGCUCAUGAGCUUCCUCCAGAACCUGGAAGUAAAUUGUUUUCCUCGGUCUGAGACCACCCUCAAUGGCACCCCGUGCAACCUAAAAAUGUGUUCUACAAAUAACUUCGCUGUCUCUUCCGCCGUGACUGCAUGCGAGCAAGCUACAAAGUGGCACAUCUUUGUUAGUAGGUCUACCACCACCAUGAUGGCUGUUUUCCCUUUGGACUUCGGCAGAUCAGUCAUAAAAUCUAUCGACACUGCCUCCCAAGGUCGUUCUGGUGUUGGUAAGGGUUCUAAUAGCCCCGCCGGCGCCCGCCUUUCCCGUUUGGCUCGCUGGCACUGCUCGCACCCUCUUACAUACUCACGUACAUCCUCCUCACCUUAGGCCACCAAAAUUCCCUGGUGACCAACCACUUGGUUUUGUGUUGCCCAAAAUGCCCCGCCGUGGGGCUGUCAUGCAACUGCUUGAGUACCCUCCCCUUAAGUCUCCUUCAGGGAUAUACAGUGCCCCUUUGUAAUACAAAGCUCCAUUUCUUUCCUCGAAACCCCUUGAUUCCUCUCCCUCAUCCCUAAGACCUCUGAGCUUAUUCUGGGCGUAUUCAUCAUUCUCUGUUUCUUCUACCAGUUCUCUUUGUCCCACCAAUGCCGCCCCACACACCCAGCGGUCCUCUGGAAUGACAUGUCUCUCUUCGGGUGCUCCCUCCCCUCCAAAUAUUCAGGUUUGCGUGAGAGAGCGUCCGCCCUAAUGUUCUCUGGGCCUGGCACGUAACAAAUCUCAAAGUUAAAUUUGGAGAAUUCCUGGGCCCACCUCACUUGCCGUUGGUUGAGCACUCGUGCCGUCCUCCAAUACUCUAGGUUCUUGUGGUCAGUGCACACUUGCACCUUAUGUUGUGCGCCAAUUAGCAGGUGCCUCCAUCUCCGGAACGCCUCAUGAAUGGCUAGUAGUUCUCGGUCAUACACCGUGUAGUUCCUCUCGGAUUUGUUCAGCUUUCGCGAAAAAAGCACACGGUCUCCACUCUGACUCCUCCUUCCCUGGCUGGAGAAGCACCGCCCCAACCGCUCUGUCUGAUGCGUCAGUUUCCACUCUCAUCGGUUUUUGUAAAUCCACAUGCAGGAGCUGUUGUUCCGAGGCGAAGGCCCUUUUAGUUCCUCAAAUGCUUGCUCCGCCUCCUCCGUCCAAACGAACUUCUUCUUACUGCUGAGACAGUCCGUAAUGGGCGCCGUCAGGUGGGCAAAGUUUGGGAUGAACUUACGAUAGAAGUUCCCAAAUCCUAAAAACCUCUGCACAUCCUUCCUUGUUUUGGGUGUUUUCCAUUCCAGUACCGCCUGGACCUUGCCGGGAUCCAUGGCCAACCCCUUGUCAGACAGGCGAUACCCCAGGAAUUCCACCUCCUUGGUAUGAAACUGACACUUCUCCAGUUUCACCCACAGCUGGUUGGCUUGCAGCCUGCUCAACACUUCUCUGACGUCUCUCACAUGCUGCUCCUCAUUCUCAGAAUACACCAACACGUCGUCUAAGAAGGCCACACAAUUCUUGUAAAGCAACGGCCCCAGGACGUGGUUCAUAAACGAUUGAAAUGUUGCGGAGCCUGCUUGUAGACCGAAGGGCAUAACUAAGUAUUCAAAUGCCCCUAAAGGGGUGAACAUGGUGGUUUUCCAUUCAUCCCCUUCCUUAUUCGUAUCAGGUUGUACGCCCCCCUUAGAUCCAGCUUGGUGAAAAUCUUUCCCUUCCGCACCCUUGUCAAAAUGUCGUCAAUCCUGGGCAUCGGGAAGGCCACUGGUUCUGACACUGCAUUUAAGGCCCUGAAGUCACACACCAGUCUCGGCUUGUUCGUGUUUUUUUUUGUCCACAAAAACACUGGGCUGCCCCCCACCGCCCUGGACUCUCUGAUGAACCCUCUCUUCAGGUUCUUGUCAAUGAACUCUCUUAGCUCCUGCAUCUCUCUGUCUGACAUGGCGUACAGCUUGCCCACAGGGAGCUGUGCCCCAGGGAGCAAAUUGAUUUGACAGUCAAAGGCUCUAUGCGGUUGUAGUUGGUCAGCUUCCCUUUCGCUGAAGAUGUCGCGGAGAUCUGCGUAUUGUCGUGGUACCUUCACGUUCUCCGUUACUUCAGUCCCUGCUAGGGUGGCUUGGGCCCCUGCCAAAACCUUUCCCUCUUUGCAGUGUUCUAAGCAAUGUGCUGACCCAAAAGAAACCACUCUUUGAUGCCAGCCCACCAGCGGAUCAUGUAACGCUAGCCAGCUCAUCCCCAAUAUAAUGGGAGCUCCUCCCAAGGUGGCCACAUUAAAUGCUAUUAGUUCGGUGUGCCUUGCCACCUUCAUUAUCAUUGGGACGGUCUGCAAGCUGACUUCUCCUCCCAACAGCUCCCUGCCAUCGAUCGUGGUUACCUGCAGGGGGUUGCUUAAAGGAGCGUCUGUAUCUGGUGUUCAGCUGCAAACUCUUUGCUCAUGAAAUUGCAGGAGCUGCCUGAGUCCAACAGCGCCUUUAUCUUUAGAGGGUGUCCGUUUGGCAGCUCUAGUGUCACUUCUAUCACUAGGGCGGGUUUAGGAGGUUCUGGCGUGGGCACUUUCACUGCUCUUUGGCCUGGCUGCUGUGCCCCGACAAUGGCAGCCAGGCGUUGGCUUUUAGUUGCUCCGGUAUUUUUCCUCUCUUCCCUCCACAGCUCCCACCAUCCCUUGCCAUUCCUUCCUCUGGGGGCAGACUCUGGCAAAGUGCCCUGGCUGUUGGCAGAGAUAGCAUUUCCGGGCGCCUUUUCCCUCCUUUUUCCCCCCCUCACUGGGCUUUGAAACUGCGCGCGCGCGCUGUUCCGAUUUCCAUCGGCUCUGCCGGCGGGAAAGUUGGCUCUGGAAUGUCUGGAAUGCGGAACUCCUUCCAACGUUCCCCUUUCCCUUCCCGCCUCCAAUGCUCUCGCCUCCUGGCGCGCUCCUAUGGCCAGCGCUGAUUUGGUCAGCUGGUCCAUAGACUCCGCCCUGGGCGCCCGGGAAAGUUCAUCUUUCACAGCCGAAGAAAGCCCUUCUUCAAAGAGCAUUUGAAUGGGUUCCGCCGAUAAGUCCCACCCCAAUCUGUGUAUCAGCAUGGUGAACUCAGUCCAGUACUCACGUACAGAUCGGCUCCCCUGUUUGCAAGCCAUUAACUGUCUGCGCACCACUCCCUUUUUCAAUAUCGCUGGAAAACAUCAGAUCCAUGGCGCGAAAGAACUUCAUCGUGUCCUUUAGGACGUCACUAUGCGCUGCCAUCAGGGGUCUAACCCAGUCUCUCGCCCCCCUUUUCAAGAUGCCCAAUCACAAAAGCCACUCGUGAUUCCUCAUCAGGGAAAUCAUCAAACUGCAGAUUGAGGGCAUAUUGCAUUUCUGUCCGAAAGCUAUGAUAGUCUUUGGGCUCCCCCCCAAAUUUCUGCACCAAUCCUGGUACCUUUCUGGCGAGCUGGGUGGCUUUCUCCCUUUGUCUGCAUCUUGAGCCCUCCUCUCCUCCAGCCUCGCCGUCUGCAGCGCCAGCUGGACCUCCAACACCCGGUACCUUUCUUCCAGGCUUGGACCCGCUCCAGCCCCUGCUUCUCCGGUUCCUGCUGGGUUGCUCAUUAUGCCUUCUCCUGCACAAGCUGCGUUCAAGGACUGUCGGAAUGCUGUGAUGGGAAGAUGAGCUGCUUGUGCGUAAAAUCGUAUUCCCUCAGAGUUUGUUCAAGUCCACAAACCUCUGUCUGUGACGGAGCCCCUCUGACAUGGCUCCUCUAGUCACUAGAAGAUUCCGACAGUGGUUGCUUUCGUAAUCGCUUCCAACAUAAAAGCUCCUUAACGGAAACACGUCUUCUGGACUCUCUGCGUGACAGUUUCCGGCGAGGAGUGGGUGUCCCUACAGGAGGUCCGGAAACCUCACCACUGUUUUCGCUGGAAGUAUCUCUGAGCCAUCCCCCAGCUCCCUUUCCCUCAGUUCAGCUUCUCUCCCCUGCUGGUUUCCUCUUCAGCUGCUGAGUCUCUUCCAACCUGUCUGAGCCCUUUCACCUCCCUCAGUUCAGCUUCUCUCCCCUUGCUGGUUCCCUCUUCAGCUGCUGAGUCUCUUCCAACCUGUCUGAGUCCUUUCACCUCCCUUCCUUCCGAUGGCAGUUCCCUGACAGGUCCCUAUCAACUCUGCAAUUCUAGGAUUCUGUUUAAUCCCACCUCUUUCCCUGACUGACUGAAGGAGGCUUCCAGACAAAAUAGAAAACAUAGAAAAGAAAUAAACCUGUGUGUAUGUGUGUGUGUGUCAAGAGAGAGAGAAUGAGAGAGAAUGAUCUGUUAAAGCAUACUGGUAAUUACAAGAAAGAUGAUCCUGCACUUGUGAAACCGUUAAAUUCCCUGUCAAAUGACUGUUGUCUCUUUUUUUUUAAGGCCAGAAGAAAUGCUUUCUCUCUUCAAUAAAGGCUUUCAGCAUUACACUGCUGUCAUCUUUGAAAGCGCAGACUCAUACAUUGGGCGAGAGGUAAUGUAAUCUUUACCUAAUCAGGCCAGUGGCUGAUCUAGGCCAGCAUCCUGUCCUCACAAUGACCAACAAGCACUUUCCCUGUGGUUUCCAGCAACUGGUAUUCAGAAGCAUUAUUGCCUCCAACUGUGGAGGUAAAGCGCAGCCAUUGUGGCUGGUAGCCAUUAAUAGCCCUCUCCUCUGUGAAUUUGUCUAAUCCUCUUUUAAAGCUGUCCAGGUUGGUGGCCAUUACUGCCUCAACUCCUGUGGGAGGGAGUUCCAUGGUUUGAGUAUGCAUUACUUAAUUCAUUAAGGGGUGCAGCAGGCAAGCAUGCUAUUGUGUGUGCCCAAUGUUGGAAAAAGCUUUUGUGGUGUUUGAAAUGCCUCAAUGAGUUAAGGAAAGCUUAUUGACUGCAAGGAAGGUCACUGGCUACGAGUGUUUGUGUGUCUUUGGACUGGAGCCCUUUCUGCAAGCUGGAUGUUUAUGACAUUAUAUCUGGCCUUAUUACUGGGACCUGAGACUUAACCUUCCAUUUCUGGUCCUCAUUAAUGCAGAAUCGCAUUAGAAAACGUGACGAUAAAAGGUUUUGAGGCAGUAGGAAGUGGAAAGAAGCUGGGAUUUGUGUUUGGGUUUAUGUCCCUAUAUUAAGACAUUUUGUUCCAAGAACUGGCCAAGGAAUUGAGGUCACCCUUUGCCUAUGGGGGGUUAGGUUAGCCGCUCAAGGCUAUAAUCCUGUGCAUCAUUGCAGAUAAAUCCUGUUGAGCAGAGUGGGAUAUACUUGAGAGUAAACAUAGAAUCCUAGAAUUGUAGAGUUGGAAGGGAACCCAGGGUCAUCUAGUCCAACCCCCUGCAAUGCAGGAAUCACAGCUAAUGGUUUUGAAUAUAAUCAUAGUAUUGUAGAGUAAGAAGAGACCCCAGGGUCAUGUAGUCCAAACCCACUGUGUGGGUUCUUCGUCCUGGUCUCUCUCUGGCGAGUGAACCAUAGCAUGUCUACAUCUUUUGGGUAAGCUUUGGCUUUCUUUGCAGUGAGAAAGAUCAACUUGCAGCAGCAUGCAUAUAACCUGUGUGUGUUUCUACCCACACCAGGUGAUACUGGACAUGAGUCAGUAUGAAAACAUUGUGGUAAAACGAGUGCUGGAUUCCAACACGGCUUUUCUCAAGAAGCUCAGCAUUACCUCUGUCCCUUCAUCUUACCUGAUCUAUCCCAAUGGAUCCCAUGGAUUAAUCAACAUGUAAGUGUGAGUGGGGGUGAGUUGUGAUGUGGUGAAUUUCAAUAGGGACAAAUGUGAGGUUCUGCACUUGGGCAGGAAUAACCUGAUGCACUAAUAUAAGAUGGGUUGCCAGCAGUCCAUGUGAAAAGGAUCCAGGGGUCUUAGUAGACCGCAAAGUUCACACUACACAAGUCAACAGUGUGAUUCAGCAGCAAAAAAAAGCUAAUGCUAUUCUAGUAUUGGCAGAAGUAUUGUGUCCAGAUCAAGCAAAGUGAUAGUACUGCUCUCCUCUACCUAGGUCAGACCAUACCUGGAGUACCGUGUCCAGUUGAUGAUCAGGGGCCUGGAAACCAAGCCUAAUGAGGAACAGUUGAGGGAGCUGGGUAUAUUUAGCUUGGAGAAGAGGAGAAAGGAUAGCCAUCUUCAAAUAUUUAAAGAGCUGUUACAUGUAAGACAAAGCAAGCUUGUUUUCUGCUACUUGUUUUCUGGGGAAAACCCAAACCAAUGGAUUCAAAUGAAAAGAAAGGAGAUUAAAACUAAGCGUUAGAAAGAACUUUAGGAGGGCAAGAGCUGUUUGACUGUGGAACGGAUUCCCUCGGAAGCUAGUGGACUCUCCUUCCUUUUAAGCAGAGGUCGGGUGGCCAUCUGUCAGUGGUGCUUUACCUGUGCUUCCUGCAUUGCAGGGGGUUAGGCUUGAUGACCCUUGGGGUCACUUUCAACUCUACAAUUUUCUGAAUGUAAGAAGAAUGUGGAGGUUAGUAAACAUUUCCUGUUGCAAAUGUGCAAAUUCUUGAAAGCAACCCCCAGCCCUGUGAACAGCUAAUAAACCUUUUGCCAGUGAUUAUUGUGGAGAAGAGAAAUGGGAUCUAGAAACAGCUACCUUAAUAAAAUGGCACAGAAACUGCUUUGGUCACCCUAUAUGAUGAUCUCUGUCAGGAGAGAGACAGGGGAAAUGUUUUCUUGUUAAUUUUCCUUGACCUCUUUGAUACCACUGAUCAUGGGAUCCUUCUGGAGUGACUGAGUUAGGGAUGGGUGGCUUCUCUUUGCAGUGGUUCUGGUCCUACUUUGAUGGUCAUUUCUACAAGGUGAUGUAUGGGGAGUUCUCUUUGGACGUGCAGCCUUCAAUUCAAGGUUCCUCAGGGUUUGAUCUUUUCCCUCAUGCUUUUUAAUAUCUACCUGAAACAGCUGAGUGAGGUUAUCUGGAGUUUUGGAGUAUGUUGUCUGCAAUAUGCUGAUGACACACAGCUGUACUCUCCAUUACAUCUGCAGGUGUGGCAGUGGAAGUGCUGGUCUGUUAUCUUGCUUCGGUAAUAUGCUGUAGGAGAGCUAACAAACUGAAGCUCAAUCCCAAUAAGACUGAGGCACUGUUAGUGGAUAGCUUACUAGAGUGGAUGGAUGGGGAUGUCCUGCUCUUGAUGGAGUUAUGCUCCCUCUGAAGGAAUGGGUAAACACCUUGUGGGUGCUUCUGGAUCCAUUGUUGCUGCUUGAAGCUCAGGUGAUGUUGGUGGUGCAGAGUGACUUUCAUCAGCUUUGGCUGGUAGCCCAAUUGCACCCCCAUCUGGACAGGAAUAGCCUAAGUUCUGUUGUCUAUGCUCUGGAAGACUCUAGGUUAGAUUACUGCAACAUGUUUCAUGUGGGGCUGCCUCUCAAGAUGGUUUGAAACUUCAGCUAGUGCAGAAUUUGCUAGCCUGGUUGCUCGCUAGGGCAAGGCAGUUUGAGCAUGUAACACCAAUCUUGACCUGACUGCACUGGCUGCUAAUUGGUUUCCAGGCCCAAUUGAAAGUGCUGGUUAUGACCUAUAAAGACUUAAAUGACUCAGGACUAUAAUACCUCAAGUGCCACCUCUCCCCAUAUGAACCAACCAAGACCCUGCAAUCACCAUCUGAAGCCCUUCUUCACUUCACAAGAGUUCCUGAAGUUGGCAACAUGAUAAUGGGCCUUUCCUGUGGUGGCUCCCUGUUUGUGGGAUGCUGUUCCCAGGGAGGCUCGCCUGGCGCCUUCAUUACAUAUCUUUAGCUGCCAGGCAAAAGCGUUUUUAUUCUCCCUGGCCUUUUAAACUGUGUGUGGGGUUGGUGGGUAAUUGUUUUGUUUGUAACUAUGUUACGUAUUUUUGUGUUUUUGUACCAUAAACUGCCCUGUGAUCUUCAGGUUGAGAGUGGUGUAUAAAUUUAAAAAAUGAUAAUGAUAGUAAUAAAAUAUGCAUCAUGCCUUAAUCUGUGUAGUGAGAUAUUUUCUCAGAGGCAAUAUUUUCCCCUGUAACCUUCAGAGGAGAAUUUCUCUUGAGCCCAAUGAAGCUUCUGUCUUCUGUCGAUACACUGUUGUUCCUCUCUGCCUGUUGAGCUUCAGCUGUUCUUAACUUUUGCACUGUCCUUCCAUACACAGUUUGAAGCCGCUUCGGUCUUUCUUUUCUUCCUAUUUAAAGUCACUCCCUGGCGUCGGAAGAAAACCUCCACCAACACCCAUCAGGCAAAACCAAGAAGAAAACCAGGACAUCAAAGAAUGGAAAGACUUUGACAAGUAAGUGGUGCUGCUGGGCUCCCCCUUUCAUGGCAAACAGCUAAGGGCUGAGUACAGCUCACCUCUGCUCAGAGUAGACCCCCUGAAAUGAAAAGGCCUGAGAUAUGGACAUCUGUCAAAUAUUCUUUAGUUGGAUGUCCAUGAGUUCUGUUGUUAUGAGAGAGGGUGUAAAACCUUUCUCUAUCCACCAUGUCAGGCAUAAUUUUUAAAACUAUCAUGUCACCUUUUACUUGCCUUUUCUCUAAACUAAAAAGUCCCAAACACUGCAACUUUUCCUCAUAGGAGAGUCAAUCCAUCCCCUUGAUAGUUUUAGUUGCCCUUUUCUGAACCUUUCCAGUUUUACAAUAACCUUUUUGAGGCCAUCAGAACUAUCUACAGUGUUGCAAAUGUGGUGACACCAAAGUUUUGUAUAAUCCAACUUUUUUUUGGGGGGGGGGGGAGGAAGACUUGCUGCUUACAUGCUUUGUUUAUUGCAAGGGAGGAGGUAGUGUCAGUAUUUGCCCCGAGAUGCAGCAUACAAAAGGGCCUGGGGUGUGCAGAUCUCCCCCAGGCAUUUGUGUGUGUGAGAGAGGGAGAGUGAUUCUGCAUGCCUGAUACUGAAAUGAAGUGGAAAGGUCUUGCAGGUGGUGGCCCCCUUGCUCAUGCACCUGCAGCAGAUGAGGGCACAUCACCAUUUCAGAACUCUGCCUAAGAGCCAGGUUAUUGUGAAAGCAUUUCCAUUAUAUUUGCUUUUGCUUGGAUGACCCCCAGCAAAAGUUUUGAAACUGACAUUUCAAAAGCCACUAAAAAAACCCUAAUAGCUGUCUGGACCGUAUCCAGCCUUGAGGAACGUGGAUGUCUCUGAGCAGCUGAGGCUUGUGGUGAAAGAAGCAGUUUAUGCCCUGGCAACUCUUCUGUCCAUUGAGAUCAGCCCUCUGAAGCAAGUAGGUAUACAAAAACCAUCCAAGAUUGCUGCAGACCACAAGUUUAACAUGGGCCAACAGUGUGGUGCAGCAGCAAAAAAAGCUAAUACAAUUCUAGGCUGCAUCAACUGUAGAAUAGCAUUCAGAGCAAGGGAAGUAAUAGCACCUCUGUAUUGUGCCUUGGUCAUACCACACCUGGAGUACUGUGUCCUGUUCUGGGUGCCACAAUUUAAGAAGGAUAUUGACAAGCUGGAAUGCAUGCAGAGGAGGGUGACCAAGAUGAUCAAGGGUCUGGAAACCAAGCCUUAUGUGCAAUUGUUUAGGGAGCUGGGUAUGUUUACCAUAUAGGAGAGGUGACUGAGAAGAGAUUUGAUUGCCCUCUUCAAAUACAGUGGUGCCUCGCAAGACGAAAUUAAUCCGUUCCGCAAGAGUCUUCGUCUAGCGGUUUUUUCGUCUUGCGAAGCAAGCCCAUUGACGGAUUAGCGCUAUUAGCGCUAUCAGCUGUUUAGCGGCUAUUAAAGGCUUAAAGGCUUAGGGGAUUAGCUGCUAAAAGGCUAUUAAAGGCUAUUAAAGGCUUAGCAGAUUAGAUAAAGGGGAAAGCGAAAAGAAAAUCUCAAGACUCGCAAGACAUUUUCGUCUUGCGAAGCAAGCCCAUAGGGGAAUUCGUCCUGCGAAGCAACUUCAAAACGGAAAACCCUUUCGUCUAGCGGUUUUUCCGUCUUGCGAGGCAUUCGUCUUGCGGGGCACCACUGUACCUAAUAUGCUGUCACAUGGAAGACAGUUUCUGCUGCUCCAGAGGGGAAGACCCCCACUUCUGAGGCAAGGAAUGAAUCUUAGCACAUAUUGGUUACUUCUGGGAAAAUACAGUAACCUCAGAGCACAGACUGCUAAGGAUUAACCCUCUUUUUGACAUGUUUGUAAUGUCAGUUCUCCGGUGCUUUUGCUUUCUUCCUGGCAAACCAACUCAUCUUCCCCUUUUAAAAUUCCUAUUCACCAUGUGUGUCGCCUGUUUUCCAGAUCCAAGUUGUACAUGGCUGACCUUGAGUCCGGAUUGCAUUACUUGCUCAGGAUCGAGCUCGCCACUCAUAAGACUCUGGAAGGAGCCAAGCUGAAGACCUUCAAGGAUCUUGUUACACUGUUUGCCAAGGUAAACGUUUCAGAUUUUUUUAUUGCAUUUGGUAAGAGCACCAUAAAUCUGGCCCCAUGGAGGACUCUGCAUCAGCCGAAGUAAACAUCCAAUAAAGUAAACUUUGAUGUGUUUAUGUGGAGGGGAAGAAUUAAUAGCCACCAACCCUGCAGCCCAUCGCAAAGGUCAAAUUAAAACCAAGGCUGCUUGUUGCUGCCUUGCAAAAGCAGCAAAUCAAAAAAGUUGUAGAAAAUGGCUUCUUUAUAAAGCAGAUUACAGGAUAUGAUAUGAGAGCCAUCUUCAAAUAUCUAUAGGGCUUGUCACGUGGAAGAUGGAGCAACUGGCAGGAGCGAGCCAGCAGUAAAUCACACUGUGCAUAUUGUAGUUAACUCUUUAUAAGCAAGAACAGGAACUGCACAGACUUGGCAAAAUGUCAGGCCUAAUGAGCACAGGAACUUAUACCUCUAGGUCGUGCCCCAUGAAUUAGUUGGCUGAGACUUAAGGCCCCUGCCUCCCCACAGCCACCUAUGUCUCCUCUCCAGAAUUUUUUCAAAGCAAUAGAUGACUGUGCCAGCGUGCCUGUCUUUGCUACUCCUGGUUCAUGCCUCUUCUGGUUCUGAGAGACUGGUGGGUAGGGAGUUUGUCACAGCAGGAGGGGGAGACACCCAUGACUCUUCAGCAGCCUGACUCUUCUCUGCCUCUUGGCCUCUCUCCUACCACCAUCCUGUUUCAGCUUCUGCCUCUGUUUCUGGACUUCUCUCUGCCACAGACUCUCCCUGCUCACUAAGCCUGUCAUCUCUUCAGCUUCUGACACCUUCUCUUCCUAGUCUCCCUCUGACCACUCAUGGUUUUCCAACCAUCACCCCCCAGGCUCCAGUGGUUCCUCCUACCAUUCUUCUGUGUCCAACCAGUCCAUGACAUCAAGCUUUAUUUCUCCUGCUCUGGAGGUUAGGACCUGAACCAAUAGAUUAAAAUUGCAAGAAAGGAGAUUUCAAUCAAUAUUAGGAAGAACUUUCUGAUAGUGAGAGCUGUUUGACAAUGGUUUGAACUCCCUCAGGAGGUGGUGGUCUCUCCUUCCUUGGAGGUUUUUAAGCAGAAUGACCAUUUGUUAGGGAUGCUUUAGCUGUGAUUCCUGCAUUGCAGGGGGUUGGACUACAUGAUCCUUGGGGUCCCUUCCAACUCUACAGUUCUAUAAUUCUAUGAAAAAUCCAGACAUUCAUUUUCUGAAAUUAAGACUACAUGUCUUUCUCCCAAUAGAGCAGUGGGAAUUGCAGCCUGCAUUCUGUUGAUGUGACCUGGGCUUUAUCCUCCCCUAUCCCUAAGAUUUUAACUCCAUUUUGUUGAGCCUAAAUAUCUCAGUGUGAAAACAGCUGGGCUGAUGCCAGAUUACUGGGUGUCUUAUACUGUACUUGCUUUUUCUAAAGAAUAGCACUCAGAGCAUCGCUAAGUCGCUGGGAUCUUUGCUCAGUGUUCAGGCUUCGGAUUUUGAUUAUUGCAGGAUUAGCUCCUUGGCUGCUAAUGCUGCUUGCAGCAACUCUGCUUCCUAAGACCUGAGCUCCUUUUUGCUCCCUCUGAGAAGCCUUCUGAGUGCUCUUUGAGAUUUGUGUGGGGAAUCUGGUGUGAAUUUUGCUGCCUGAAAGCUGUCUCUCCUUAUUUCACAUAGAGGGAGGAGGAUCAAACUGAUUCUUUGCCUUCUCUCUUUCUCUUUGUUGUUGCUGUAAAGUUUCAUUUUAUAAUAGAAGAUCAUUAUCUAAUAAUCAAGUCCAGUUCCAACCGAAGCAGUCAAGUGGCCCCAUGUGGGGCAAGAUGAUCUCAAAGGUAAACUGGUCCCAAGAGGUUAAGGGCUUUGUAUACUAAUGGAAACCCCUUCAACUUGACCCGGUAGCAAAUGGACAGCCAGUGCAGAUCUCUGAGCGGGGGUGUUAUAUGCUGACAAGUACUCACUCCUGUCAGCAAUCAUGCUGCAGCGUUCUGCACUGACUGCAGCCCCUCUGGAUCAAGCACAAGGGAAGCCCCACAUUGCAGCAAUCAAUCUAAGAAACCCAAUACAGUAAGGCUAAAAAUAGGUUAAAACUAUGAAAUCAGAAUACAGCUAAAAAGUCUGCUAGAAUAAAUAAGUCUUCACUAAGUGCCAAAAGUUCAACAUGAAGAGGAGGUGCUGCCUGACCUCAGGAUUUCCGCAAAACCUGGUGCACAAUCAUGGAUGCAGCAGGGGUUCCUGGUGGGUCAAGGAAAAGUGGAGCAACCCACUUGUUUACCACUCAGGGGUUUCUGGAUCAGCUUGAUCCAAAAUUAAUGAGACUGAAUCUUUUUGAGGAUACUAAUGUAGAUAUAUUGUCAAGAUAUAUUUAUCUUGGCAGCUUGAAUAGUCACUGCUACUCAAUGGGAAACAGCCCUGAAUCUUACAUUGGACACUUGGUACCACUUGCUAUAGAACAGAGCAAUAAUAGAGAAAAUAACGCAUAAUUGGAGAUUUCAAUGAGAAGUAGAACCUCCAGACACUUUAAAAAUGACUUGGCAUUCUUUUAUGACAUGGGGCCGCUUGACUGCUUCAGUUAGCAAAACUGGCAUUGCUACAGAAUACCUGUUCUGCUUGUGUCAGAACUCGAUCAUUUAGUGUGGCAGCAGCUAUGCUUUGUCACUCACUCCCUGCCUAUUGAUACCAAGCAGGCGUCUCCACUGUAUUCUUUUCAGCACCUGCUAAAAAUAUUCUUGUUUAGACAAGCCUACCAAGAUGCUUAGAAUGUGUGGAUUUUAAUCUGUUUUAUUAUUUUAAUUUUUUGUAAGUUUUAAACUAUUGAUUUUCUUGGUUUAUCUUUAUCUGCUUUAGGGUGGGGUGGUUUUUUGCACUCAAGUGGUGUAUAAAUUUUAGGAAAUAAAUAAGAUAAAUAUUUUUCUUAGACAGAAAUAAAGACACUGGUCAUCACUGCACCUUGAGGCACCAAGUUCCAUAAAUUAUUAUUCAUUACUUGAAGGAACAGCUUCUUGUUUUGCCUCUCCUGCAUCUGCCUUCUAGUGUAGAAAGUAAGCAGGACUGCUUUUUUGCCGCUUUUUCAAUGCAUGGAUCAUGCGUGCACUGCCUUCCAUCACCACUUUUUCCAAUUCUGUUUAAUCUUCAUAGAAGGAGCAAAGAUGGUGGACAGUGUCCCUCUGUGAGAAUAAGCUCUAAGAUGUGGUUAACUUUCUCAUCUUUCAUGCAGCUGUUUCCUGGACAGCAGCCUGUGAUGAAGUUGCUGGAGACCUUGCAAGUGUGGCUACUCAGCCUCCCACUGGACAAAAUCCCGUAUGAUGCCAUCCUUGAUCUGCUCAACAACAAGAUGCGGGUAAGCCCCAACUAGCUCUUGGCAUAAAUGACUGCUAUAGCAAAUGUGGGAUGGAGUUGUGUGAUCCAAUGCACUGCUGCCUGACAACUUUGCUUCACAAAGAGCAUUUUCAACAGUCCUUGUGAGCUGUGUGUCCCAUAAUGCCUGGCAGUUGGAUCAUAGAAUUGUAGAGUUGGAAGAGCCAUGUAGGGUCAUGUAGUCAUCCCCUCUGAAGCAGCAGAAAACAAGCUUGCUCCAUUUUCCACGUGACAUUUGUGUCUGACAGCCUGUCAGACAUUUGAAGCUGACUGUGAUCUCAACUCUCUGUCCCCUCUAGGUUAAACAUACCCACCUCCCACAACUGUUGCUUUUUAAGGCUUGGUUUCCACUAGCUCUUGAUCCUUCUCCUUGCCCUCCUCUGCACACCCUCUAACUUGUUAAUUGCAUUCAAUCAGACCAAAGGCCCCUCUAGGCCAGCAUCCUGUGCUCAGAGUGGUCAUCCAGGUACCACUUUGAAAGCCCUCAAGCUGGACCAUGAGCACAGUCGCCCCACUUCCGAUUCCAGCAAUCCAGUAUAGAGAGGUGUAACCACCUCCCAGUGCCUGAUAUUUUUAUUUAUUUUGGUUAGAAAAUUUGCAGUUCACUGUUUAUGGAAAGAAAACCUCAAAGCAAUUUGCCCUGGUGAUUGUACAUGUCCAUCAUGGUCUCCUGGCAGAAUCAUCUACAGGUCUUGUCACUAUUGCUGAUAUCGGUGGUGGUGGUGGUGUUUUGAGCCUUUUAAAGAGAUGCUGAAUGACAGUCAGUUACAAUAAUCCCAGCUUGUCCAGGUAUUUAUGAACAUAAGAGCCUGCUGGAUCAGGCCAGUGGCCGAUCUAGCUCUAGCUCUGCUUCCUGUUCUCAUAGUGGCCCAACAGUUGCCUGUGGGAUACCAGGAUUUGAGCACAAGAGCAGUCUCCCCUCUUGCGGUUUCCAGAAAAUGGGAUUCUGAAGCAUAGCUGCCUCUGACUGUGGAGGGCAGCGCAUAACCAUCCUGGCUAGUAGCCGUUGAUAACUCUCCCCUCCAUGAAUUUGUUGAAUCCUCUUUUAAAAGCAUCCAAGUUGGUGGUCCUCAGUGCCUCAUGUGGGAAGGAAUUCCACAGUCAAAUAGGACUUUGUUUUAUCUGUUCUGAAUCUUCCAGCAUUCAGCUUCAUUGGAUGUCCAUGAGUUCUAGUGUUGUGAGAGGUAGAAAAACUUUUCAUGUUGCCUCUUAACAAACAUUUUCUCUAGAUUAAGAAGUCCUAAACAGUGCAACCUUUCCUCCUUGGGAACAUGUACCAUCCCCUUUAUCAUUUUGGUUGGCCUUUUCCAAACUUUUUCCAAAUCUGUAAUCCCAUUUUUGAGUUGAGGUGAUCAGAACUGCAUACUGUCUUCCAAAGAUUUGUAUAAUGGCAUGAUGAUACUGGUAGUUUUGUUUAACACAUACUGGCUUUUUCUAGAUCUCUGGGCUGUUCCUGCCCAGCCGCAUCCAGUGGGUCGGGUGCCAGGGCAGCCGGGCAGAGCUGCGGGGAUACCCUUGCUCCUUCUGGAAGCUCUUUCAUAUGCUGACUGUCCAGGCGGCUGUCCGGCCACAGGUCCUGUUCAACACAGGUAGGAGAUGGCUGGUCCCUCUGAGAGUCUAAGGCAGCUCUCCAGGGAUGCUUUGCACUACCACUCUCAUCAGCCUCAGCGUCAUUGCUGGCUGGGGCUGAUGGGAGCUGUAGUCCAAAGCCUCUCUGGAAGGCACCAGUUACAGGAAGGCUGAUUUUAGGAGUGGGGGAGUGGGUCUGGCAUCCUUUGGGCAUGCACUGCAGUUAGAAGCAGUCAGCUCAAGUGCAACAGAAAGUGUUGGGGUUCUGGGGAAAGCACUAGCCUCCCUGCUUCUUGCAACCAUGCACUGAAAGCUGGAUCACUUGUUUGCACAGGAGCAAAGUAAGGGAGCUGCCUAAGUGCUGUCUUUGUGUGAUGAGCAUGUUUGCAAAAACAUUUGGCUCAGUCGCAGAAAAGGCUGCGUCAUAAAAAGAUGAGGAGUGUAUGACAGGCUAGAGCUGCAAUUCAGUAUCAUAGAACUGUAGAAUUGUAGAGAUGGAAGGGACCUCAAGGGCCAUCUAGUUCAACCUCCCCCCCACCCAACAGGAAUCUUAACAAAAUCAUCCAUGGCAAAUGGCCAUCCAAAGUCUGUUUAAAAACUCGCAGUGAAGAAGAGUCCUCCACCUUCCAAGGGAGACCAUUCCACUGUCAAACAGCUCUUACUGUCAGAAAGGUCCUCUAGUCAGAAUCUCCUUUCUUGCCAUUUGAAUGUGCUGGUUUGGGUCCUCCCCUGCAGAGCAGCAGAAAAGAAGCUUGCUUCAUAUUUGUGUGACAUCCUUUAGAUAUUUGAAGGUGGCUAUCAUAUAUUCUUUAAGUCUCCUGUCCUCCAAGCUAAGCAUCCCUAGCUCCCUUCACUGUUCCUCAUAAGUCCUUGUUUCCACACAUUCCAGCUUCACCAUAUCUUAAAUUGUGGUGCCCUUAAGUGGACACAAGACUCCAGGUGGGGUCUGACCAAGGCAGAAUAGUACUAUUACUUUCAUUGAUUGAGACUCUACUAUUGAUGCAAUGUAGAAUAGCAUUAGUUUUUUUGCUGCUGCAUCACAUUAUUGGCUCAUAACAGGACUGCUGAAUCUUUCUCACAUGUACUGCUGUCAAACCAGAUGUCCCCCAUGCUUUAUUUGUGCAUCUGGUUAUUCUUGCCUAAGUGCAGAACCUGACAUUUGUCCCUAUUGAAUUUCCUUUGCCAACUCUUCCAUUCCAGAGGAAGGUUGAAAGUUGAAGGUCUGCAUGUCUCUGUGUGUCUUCCACAUACUUUGCCAUCCGUUGAAACCAGGCCACAUUUUUUUAUCGCUUCUUACGGCAAAAGAAUUGGGUCAGGCGGCCGGAUUAGGUCUUGGGAGGUGUUCCCCCCCCCUUAUUGCUUGCUUUUAAAUCCCAUCUACUAAAAAGCCGGAUUCUCCCCCUAAUCCUGCCAGCCGCAGGUGGGCUUUGAUGGGACUUGCCCACUUUAAAGAUUAGGGUUACCCUGAAUCGUAGCAGUUCGGGGGCGGGUGACGGCAGCUGUUUACACAAGAUGCAUCCCUCGCCUGGUCAAAGGAAGGAGCCUUUUUCGUGGAGUUUUUCCGUCUGUCUUAAACCCCUCAAGAGUGGUGCAGAGAAAUGGUGAUCCAAGCAAUCCCCUCUGAAUAAUUCACCCAUAUUUAUCCAGAUGAACAGCCCUGUGCUUUGCUGCCCAAGAUCUUUCUGCAAAUCUUACUGCCAAACAGCUCUGUGGAGAGAUUUUGAACUCCCUCAGAAGGCAGUGGACUCUCCUUCAUUGGCAGUUUCAAAGCAGAAUUUGGCCACCUGUCGGGGAUGCGUUAGUUAUGAUUCCCACUUUGCAGGGUGUUAGACCGGGGACUGGAUGACAGUUGGGAGUCCCUUUCAAUUCUACAAUUCUUUAUUGCUAUGAUUCUGUAUUCCUCCUUGUUCUAUGAUUCUAUGCUCCACAGGGUAGGACCUAAUCCAAUGGAUUUAAAUGAAUCAUAAUAUUGUAGAGUUGGAAAGGAUGCUGAGGGUCAUCUAGUCCAACCCCCUGCAAUGCAGGAACUUCCACCAAAGCAUCAGAGACAGGUCCUCUGACAGAUGGCCAUCCAACCCCUGCUUAAAAACAUCCAAAGGAGAGUUUAUCAUUUCUCAAAGGAGUCCGUUCCAAUGUCAAACAGCUCUUACUAUUGGAAAGUUCUUCCUUGUUUACUCAAGUUCUUGUAACUUGAAUCCAUUGGUUCGAGUCCUGCCCUUCAGGGCAGGAGAAAUCAAGCUUGCUCCAUUGUCCAUAUGACAGCCUUUUAGAUAUUUGAAGAUGGUUAUCAUAUCUCCUCUCAGUCUCCUCUUUUCCAGGCUAAACAUACUCACCUCCUUCAACUGUUCCUCUUAAGGCUUGGUUUCCAGAGCCUUGAUCAUCUUGGUCGCCCUCCAUUGCUAAUGUUCGAGAUUUCCAAUAUCCUCCUUAAAUUGUGGCACUCAGACCUGGACACAGGACUCCAGGUGGGGUCUGACCCAAGGCAGAAUAGAGUGGUACUAUGAUUCCCCUUGAUCUGGAUCCUAUAUUUCUGUCGAUUCAGCCUAGAAUAGCCUUAGCCUUUUUUUUUUUCUUUUUUUUUGCUGCUGCUGCAUUACACUGUUGGCUCAUACUAGGACCCCUAGAUCCUUUUCACACGUCCUGCUAGCAAGCUGGGUGUCCCCCAUCUGAUAUUUGUGCAGCUGGUUCUUCCCACCUAAGUGCAGAACCUGACAUUUGUCCCUAUUAAAAUUUAUUCUGUUACUUUGGACCCAGUUCUUCAAACAGUUACGGUCAUCUUGAAUCCUGAUUCUGUCUUCUAUGGCAUUAGCUAAUGAGGAGAAAUUAAAAGAAAGGAGAUUCCAAGUCAACAUUAGGAGUAACUUUCUUAUGGUAGGAGCCACUUGACAGUGGAAUAGACGCCUGCAGAAGGUGGGGGUCCUGGAGAAGCAGAGCAAGGCUAAUAAAAAUAAUUUAAAAAUUAAAAAAAUAUUUUUGUGUAUGUAUGUGUGUGACACCCACCCACCCACCCAAAACUCUUCCCUUAAUUGCCUAGCUUAAGGCAUCUCUCAAAUUUCACAACCAAUUAUUUAAAAAUAUUUGAAAAUGUUAAUGUAAUCUAUAUCUUGUGUUCCUUUUCGAAUCUGUGGACUUUGUCUGAUUAUUGCCAACACAUUCCACACAUUUCCAAGUCCUCCUUCAUGAGGGAUGACAAAUCACCCUGUAGUCCCAUUUCUAUUGAGCUGCAGGUGAAUCAGCCCAAAUGCAAUGGGGGAUGUUGAUGGGCACCGCUUGUUUUAGAGUUUGGUUUUGAUUCAGCCUUGCUGGCCUUCUACCUCUCAUUGCAGGUUUUGAAGGCAACCCCCAGGUGGUGCUGCAGGUCCUGAGGAAGUACAUUCGGGAUUUCUUUGGGUGCCGAGCAUGCUCUCAGCACUUUGAAGAGAUGGCUGAGGAGUCACUGAAGGAUGUGAAUACCCUGGAUGAGGCCGUGCUGUGGCUCUGGGAGAAGCACAACGUUGUGAACGCCCGUCUGGCAGGUGUGAAAGCAGAACUGGGACAAGAUAACCAGUCUUUCCUUGGGCUUUCAGAAAAGGGGAACCCAAAUGAUCAAGGGGGUGGAGUGACUCCCCCAUGAGGAAAGGUUGCAGUGUUUGGGUCUUUUAGUUUAGAGAAAAGACAAGUAAGAAGCAACAUGAUAAGAGUUUGUAAUAUUUCUCCCUCUCUCCUGAUGCUAGAACUCAUGGGCAUCUGGUGUCGGAAGGCUUAGUAGAGAGAAAAGAAAGUACUUCUACAGAACUUGCUCCCGAAGGAGGCAAUGACAGCCAUCAACUUGGAUAGCUUUAAGAGAGGAUUAGACAAAUUCACCAGUCACAGUGGCUAUACUCUGUCCGCAGUAAGAGACAGCAAUGCCUCUGAAAUCCCAGUUGUUGAAAACUGUGGGAGGGGAGAGGGUUUUUGCACUGACUUCCCGCAAGCAACUGUUCAGCUCCUGUAAGAACAGGAUGCUGUCCUAGAUGGGCCAUUGGCCUGAUCCAGCAGGCUCUUAUGUUCUAUAUUCUUAUAUUAACAUAUUUAUUCAUCCAGUAAUUCUAACUGACCCACAAAAGUAACUAUGCCUGGUCUGUAUACCAUGCUUAAACCAGAAUUUCCCAAUUCAAGCAGUCACAGGAAGCUGUGGUCUAACAAGCCAUGGCAGUCUCUUCCUCCAAACUGAGAAUGGAAGGAAGUGUCCUGGGAAACAGAAUGGCAGACUGGAACCUUGAACAAGAGGCACUCCAAGCAGCACCAUUGGACUGCAGGGCCCACUUGCGUGGACACCAAGUAUUAAAGAGUGAAAACCAUAGCUCCAAAAGUGGAACUUUGAUUAAAAACAACAGCAUAAAGACAUAAGAAGAGCCUGCUGGAUCAGGCCAGUGGCCCAUCUAGUCCAGCAUCUUGUCCUCACAGUGGCCAACUUGUUGGCCCAAUGGGAAACCUGCAAGCAGGAUCCAAGCACAAGAGCCCUCCCCAUUUCUCCACUUGCUUCAUAAGGGAGUCACUCCAUCCCCUUGAUUCUUUUCCAUCUCCCUUUUAAGGUAAGCCUACCAGAACUGUCUGCAGCCUUCCAAACGUCAUUGCACCAAAAAUUUGUAUUAACAGUAUUAUUAUAUUGGCAGUUUGACAAAUGAUUCGUAAAGCAGAUUCACUUUUUUAUUCUUUGGUUUGUAAUCCGUCCAUCUGACAUGAAUACUUUAGUUGCAAUUCCUUCAUUGCAGGGGAUUGGGAUAGAUGGCCUUUUGGGUCCUUUCCAACUCUACAAUUAUAUGAUUCUGUGAUUCAUGCAGGGCUCCUGAACUAAUUCUCUGCCCCUUCUUGACAGGCGGCUUGAACGAAGACCCAAAAUUCCCUAAACUCCAGUGGCCGACACCAGACGUUUGCCCUCUUUGCCACGAAAAAAGAAAUGGCCUUCAUGCCUGGAACGAAGCCCAAGUCCUUCAGUUCUUGAAGCGCCACUACAGCAGCGACAACAUUCUCUACACCUACACUGAGGAGGGAUCCAAAGAAGAGGGAGACGAAAACUCCCAUAAGAAAAACCUCAGAAAGAAUGAAGAAUGGAUCCCUAAUGUGGAAAAACAGCUGGAUCCUGAGUCUCACGUAUUGGACAUAUUGCUAGCCAAAGACCAAAACAAGCCUUUGGCCAAGGAGGAAAGGAAGUCAGCUGUCUCCUUCCUGGGGAUAGGGUUCUCCAAUGUCGACAUGAGCCUCUGCAUUGUCCUUUACAUUGCAUCCUCUUUCUUCUUGAUGAUCAUGUACUUUUUUUUCCGGAUGAGGUCCAAGCGCCGGAAAUUGUGGCAUCCCCGUCCAUACGUUUAGGCCAGAAGGAAGCCCCAGUUUCUCUCUUGGCCUGCAGCUUUAAGGUUUUUGAUCAGGGAUUUCUUCUUCUUCUCAAAAAGCAGUAUUUCUUGUUCUGGGAAAGGGCUUUCCCUCCUUCCAAGUGUUCAUCUGCUGCUCUUCCUGGAACUCCCUGUUGUGGGAUGGACUGGAUUUGAAACAUGUGCCUGUAACUGCCAAACACACACAUCACACAGACAUUAAAGUGUUUCAGACAUUAAAGUGUUUCCACUGGUCUUGCACACCUUGGUUUCUUGAAGAAGUGUAGGGAGUUUGUUUUUGAAACAGGUUUCUGAAGGAAACAUAGAUACUCCUCUUCUAUAGCAAAUAUUUCCUGAAUACUCUGCUGUGGGGAGGCUUGCCAAUCCAGGAUGCCCCAGGUGGGAUGCUCAACCUGUUGGAAACAUGGAUCACUCUGGAAUGAUGGGGCAGCCAGGGGGCAGCAGCUUGAGAAAGUACUAUAAACAAUAAUAGUAUUACGUUAUUAUUAUUAUUAUUAUUAAAUUUAUAUCCCAAGUUUUUCCCAGACUGGGAUUCUAGGCGACAUCCACAAAUUAAAACAACAUGGAUGAAAUGUGAAAAGCCAAAAACAUCUAAAAUAUAUUAUUUAAAAGAUAA